GGCUGCAGCAGCCACAGCAAAGUCAACAGGCAGCAGCGUGAUUUGGUUUUAGGGGAAUAACAGAGUAGUUUAUGCCCUAUAAACUUAGAAAUGACAGACAUGAAACCAGUCUCUGAGGUGAGGUGUGAUACACAAGACUCUGCGCAGACAGUCGUCAGGGACACAGACCCAGGAGAGGAGGAAAAGUGCACAUGUGCCACAGAGGAUUCAAAAAGGACGAGGGAGAAGAUCCCAUCUCUCCAGGAGCUGGAAGAGGUUUUAUAUUCAGCUACAAGCUCCUGUCGCCACGGAGAUGAGGUGUGGCCCAACCUGUAUCUGGGGGACAUGUUUAUGUCUCAUGACAAGCUCGGGCUGUGGCAGCUGGGCAUCACUCACGUACUGAACGCAUCGCAUGGGAAACUGUGCUGUAAGGGCAGUGAUGACUUUUAUGGAACCACGGUGAAAUACUACGGCGUCCCAGCCAACGACCUGCCAACAUUUGACCUUUCACCUUUUUUCUACCCUGCUGCUGAGUUCAUCCACCAGGCUUUGACAUCAGGAGGAAAGGUGUUUGUGCACUGUGCUGUGGGCGUGAGUCGCUCAGCUGCGUUGGUCCUAGCCUACCUGAUGAUUGAUCACCACCUCAGUCUUUUGUCCUCUGUACGCUGCGUGCAACAGAAACGCUGGAUUUUCCCAAACAGAGGCUUCCUGCGACAGCUUAUAGCCCUGGACAGAAAACUGCAGGACAAAAGGAUGAAUGAGUCAAAGUAAAACAAAGGGAGGAGAUACUCUACGCAAU